GGAAUUAAAAAUAAGAUCGCAGCGCCGCGGUGGACAAAUUGUAAAGCUCUGCAAGAUAUGUAAACUUUGCUAAUCUUUGCUGUUUUGUAUAUAUAAAGUGUGUAUGUUUUGAAUUUUUUGAAGUAAUUAUAUACGAGUGGAUCACGAAAUAGCUUAUUUGAAGUAAAUUGAUACAAGCGCAACUUCUGCCGUUCCGCGUAAGUAAUGCAUAAGUUCAAUAAUCUAACCUGACGUAAAAUAUUAACUUUCUAGGUUAUGGAGAACAGAUUCUCGAUAUGUGACUAUCUACUGUAUAUAAAAGGGACAGAUAAUUCUAGAGUGGUGUAUGAAGGGGAACAUGUUCUUAAUGCAGGACACAUCAUACUGUGUGGAGUAACAAACAAGGAGGAAAAUCGUCUAACGUUGUAUGCACUUUGUUUACAAACGAGUGCCUUACAAAGUGCACCACAUAAAAUCGAAGGGACUUUAGUGCAUGAUGACGAAAAGUGGGUUGUAGAAAAGUUUGCAUGUUCUUGUAAAGCUGGGCAAAGUGGUCGAUGCAAGCAUAUUUCAGCAGUUUUGCUACAAUGUUCAAGGACUUCCCUCGAUAAACUUGAAGCAGUUUCGCAAACUGAUAUUAAAUGCACAUGGUCUGCUCAGAAAGGCAAAACACAAGAUAAAUAUAGAGCAAUUCCUGUUAAAGAAAUGCCGUGCAUAAAGCAAAGUGAUGGUAUGAAAUUGGACGAGGCAAUUUUAAUGGGCAUACACGAUAAUUUGGUGUCUAAAUUGCCAAAUUCAGCAUUGACAUUACACAAGGCAGGACGACGUUGCACAAACCUUUCCACCUUUAAGAAUGAAGAAGUGUUUACUCCAUAUGAUGAGCAUGAUGUAGUCAUUUUAAAUCACGCAACGCAAUCAAUUUUAAUGAUGGAAUUGUAUCAUUUUCAUGUAAAUUUCAUAGGUUCUUGUUGUAAAGAAUUGUUCGAUAAACACUUAUUGAAAGAUAUUGACGAAAUAUUGCUUAAAACUAAACAGUCAAAAGAAUUUUGGAAUAUUGAAAGAAAAUUUAGGGUUACAGGUUCACGAAUUUAUGAACUAUAUACGUAUAAAUCAGAUGAUUGGCAAAAAAAAGCAAAUCGUUAUUUUAAUCCAAUAAGUUUCAUGAAUAAAUUUACUAAGCAUGGCAUUGAGCAAGAACCAGUUGCCCGACAGAUUUUUAUGGAUGCUACGGGCUUGAAAGUUGUAGAAUGUGGAUUGGUUGUUUCUCACUUUAAUUCCUGGCUUGGUUAUUCACCUGAUGGAAUAAUUGUUGACCAAGACGGUAAUCCAAAAGAAUUAAUCGAAAUUAAAUGCCCAUUUGCAGGUGCUACAGACCAUAGGAAGUGUGGUACCUAAAUUAAAAUACUUGCAACUUGAAGAC